GUUACUUCUCAAAAGCACCUCAUCGGCUACCUUGCCGGCGGACUUUCAAAAGCACUUCCGACGACUUCUCCGUCACUGAUCCAAUCUACAUUCAAUCCCCCCAUAAAACUCCUUCACCGUUUGCCUCUGCCUUCAUUACAAAAGUGAUCGAGUCCUUCGUCUGACUGGCUUUUUGUCCCCCUCGAACAGCUCCGCCGACACAGUACCCGUUGAUCCCAAUCCAAAGAAAAUGCCAAUCGCCCUCACUAUGUGUCGUCCUCUUGCUCUGCGCCCCUGUUAGAAUCGGUUGAAACUGAAUGCAAAGUUCCUUGGUGGGUGGCGACUGUGCCCAAUGAAUCUGAAAGCUCAUGGUGCAUCUGCCAAGUUAGUUCUUAAACGACUGAAAUUCCUGCGCUUCAUAACUAUACACUGAAAGAAAACUAAUUUUUUGUGUGCUUUGAUUGAUGACUCAGUUAGGAUAGAGAUUCUCUCAACCUCCAGCUGAAGAUGAGAACUAUGUAAAACACUGUCCAUGCUAAGUAAGCUUGGCGUCCAGAACUACGAGAAGAAUUUCAAGAAUGGCUUGCUGAACCAAAUAUUUUACCACUUUUGAACGACAAGCAAGCAUUUUAUUUGCAGUGGUCCUUAUGAUCUGUCAUUUUGGCUCAAAUUGUCUUGUAUUAGUCUGAGACAAUGUGUUGCGAUGGGUUCUAUUGUGUUGGCAUGUUCCAGUGAGCUUAGGGACGUGAGAAUCCCACCCGGCCACCCGGGGGACGCCUAUUAAUAGGUUUUGUUUCUUUGGCGUAACUUUUUCCCUACUUUAUCAUUAUAGCUAGUUGUUCCUGGAAUAAACUUGUGUAUGGACACUUUACAGGGACACAUAGUUGAAAGAGAUGAAGUUCCAUUGUGGGUAAGGCUUGGUAGAAUUCUGAGUGUGAGUUUGCUUGGAGUUUAUGAUAGAGGGAUGGGGACUAAGAUGUGGUGCUUUGAUUUUGGCUAGAUGGUCUAUAUUGUAAUGGGUAAACCUUGUUAUCUUGAUUUCACCUUCCGUGCUCCCUCGUACCAAGCUACUCAUAAUCCAAUAACUGCAGCCAUCAUCUCCACACGCGUUAUGGAUCCUCCACCCAGGUUGGUUGUGAACGCACUAACAAAGCACCCGUCGUCUCUACGAACCACCCCUCCAGCAGCUGCACUACCUGAUGCAUUAAUGACUGAUCCAUCUGUGUUCAGGCAAUGCCAUCCCGUUGAUGGAGGAAGCCAAGAGAUCAACUCUGUUUGCCGAACUCCUUCAUGGUUAGACACUUGCUCCUCUUUCGCCCAAGCACACUGAAUGAUGUUGUAAGCGUCGAGCAUAGUGUUGUACUGCCGAGACUUCCCCCAAGACCUUCUCAAACACCCAAAGUGUUUCUAUUUUUCCAUAAUGCCCAAAAAACCACCGCAAAGAGCGUGGUGUCAACCUUCUCACCUCGUCCAGUGAGGUAAUGACUUAACCAUCUUUCCAGGUUGUCUUGGAAGAAUACCGCGUCGGGCUCACCAUCUAGAAAUGCAGCCCAAGAAGCCCUUGCAUAGGAUCAGUCCCGGAGCACAUGUAGGGUCGACUUCGGGCCAUUUCCACACACCGGGAAGGCAUCCGAUGAAGCCAGAUGUCUCCUGCUCCGCUCCGCAUUAGUGAGAAGGCGCUGGUGGGUCACCAGCCAAAAGAAGGAGUGAAUCCUCUGCGUCGCUGGCGUUUGCCAAACUGCCCGCCACAACAGAUGAACUCCAUGCGGACCCUCUUCCUCAUCAGUCAGCUCGUAUGUAGUCCUAAUAGAGAAAUUCCCCGAAG